AUGAGCGACAAUGAGCCAAACAAGAGAAACUUGGGUUAUCGAUUGGACGAUGACGGAUACGAGGCGCUGAGAAAGGAAUUGCUAAUGCAUAUUGAUGUAACUACGGGCCACAUCUUCCAUAAUAAAAACCAGAGAAAGAAAUGGGCAUCAGAUGUAACCGCUUUGCUUCGACACUACAGGCCGGACGAGGCCAUAUUACUGCGCUUUUUGUUUGAACAUGGGGUUAACAACCUGAAAGAAGAAGACAAGCUUGAAAAGUUGAUAAAAUUGCUCCCAUGGAUCAUGGAAGUUAAUGGGACAAAUUGUCAACGGCUAGACGCUGCGAACUCUACUGAAGAAGCACGUGAUUUCUGGACAGUGAAGCUCCUUCGUUUUGCGGAAUCGCUUAAUACUAGUAUCUUCCAUUAA